AUGGAAACCUCUUUGACAAAUACAUGUUGUAAUGGCUGUGAAACAUUUAAAGCAUUAUAUGAAUUUAUGGGUCAUGGUGCUAACGAAAUAAAUAAUAACCAACCUAAUAUCUUAGAAGUCAUUGAUAUUGAUUUUUUAAAAAAUAAUUUAUUAUCAUAUACAGAUAAUGAUAAAGACAAUUAUCAUAAAGAUUUAAAUAUAAUAGAUGAAUCAACUGAAGGAGAUAUUGAAUUGUUUGAUGACUUAAUUGAUACAACUGAAAAGGCACUUACUUUCCUAAAGGAAUAUUAA